AUGGCAGAGUCGAAGUCCCCAUUUCGAGUCGUCAUCAUCGGCGCCGGUGUGACCGGACUUGUUGCAUCGAACUGCCUGCAGAUAGCAGGUAUCGACCAUGUCGUUCUGGAGAGAAGAGACAAUGUUGCGCCGCCGGAAGGAGCCAGUAUUGGCAUGUAUCCUCACGGCGCGCGUGUCCUGCAUCAGAUUGGGGCCUUGAAGGGAGUUUUAGCAGCAUGCACAGCCACCGACCGAUGGUUUUACCGCGGAGCAGAGGGGGAAAUGCUUAUGAACAACGGAUUUUUCCGCCAUGUGGAGAAAAAUUUCGGUGUUGGCUACAUCCUUCUGGAACGGCGAGAGUUUCUCCAGAUACUAUACGAUUCGCUCCCGGACAAGUCUUAUAUCAAAACAGGAUGCGGUGUGAAGGAAGUCAAACAUGUCGGUGACCAGGUCCAGGUUACGCUCUACAAUGGCCAAGUCGAGACCGGUGAUAUCGUGCUUGGUUGCGACGGAGCACACAGCAUCGUGAGAAGCAUCAUGUGGGAACAUGCGAAUAGGAUAACACCAGGGCUCAUUACUGCAAAGGAAAAGGCUAACUACAGGACGGACUGGAAAGCUGUGAUUGGAGUUGCUCCUCAGAUGCCAGGUCUAGGUGUACAGGAUAUGACAUCCGUUUCAGACAAAGGAAAAACCUUCAUUGCAUUUUCUCAGCCCGACCGUAUCUACUUCUUCUUUAUCUUCCGCGUUGAUGAGCCAUACACUUGGCCAGGUCGGCCGAACUCGAAAGAUGCCGAUCGUGACGCGUUAGUAGAAAGUGUGGCCGAUCAUCCAAUUUCGGAUACGCUUCUCUUCGGAGAGCUGUGGAAGAAGCGAUUUCGUGGGGAACUUCUCUACCUUGAGGAUGGUGUCUAUGAUCAUUGGCACUCCGGCCGGAUUGUACUUACUGGCGAUGCCGUGCACAAGUUUACCCCGAACAUGGGCUUUGGUGGAAAUUGCGGUAUUGAGUCCACAGCCGUCUUAUGCAACCAUUUGAAUCGGAUACUAUCAGAAAAUAAGGGUAGAAAGCCGAGCCAGGAGCAGCUGAGUGAGAUCUUUGAACUCUAUCAAAACAGACAGGUACCUCGUAUGAAGGAGAUAUCGGAGCUCUGCAGACUGGUCACAAAGGUCCAAGCUUGGGAAACUCCGUAUCACAAGUUCGUAGAUACCUGGGUAUUCCCUAUGCAGUCGGACAAGGAGCUCGCAAACCAGCUUACUGAAAUCAUCCGGCGCGGUGCGAAAUUGGACUACGUGGAUGACGCAGGCUUCGGCCCGGGGACUGUAACAUGGAUCGACCAUGAAACAGAGAAGGUUUCUCAGGGCUCAUCUAUCGCGUCUAGAAUAGUGCGACUUGUCGGCGCUGGGGCAGCGAUUCUGGCUGUUUUGCAAGGGUUCAGGUUCUUCACUUUUGCGUCUGCGUCUGUAGCACCAUAG